GUUAGUGAACAUGAAACGAUAACAAACUCACUGAAUUGUACUAUUAAUCAUCUAUAUCAGCAAACUCAACCGGAUGUUUUCGCAUCGAGACAAAAUGUGAUACAAGUCGUCAUGUUGUCAAACGAGUUGAGGGGCAAGGGCAAGUGAGUCCCUUGCCCGGAGAUUGACUUGUUGACUCACUGGUUGAUUGUUGAUAAUGUGAUGUAAGGCUUCCACUGCGUAAGAUGUACGCGACACCAUGUUAUAACUGGUUGAUUGUUGAUAAAAACAUAUUUGGGGCCGUUUGUGUAAGGGAUUGUGGUGAGGGAUUUAUCAAGGAUUUUAAAACAAUCUCUCAUUCUGCAGGAUUUUAAAACAAUCACUCGUUUUGAGAAAGAUGAGAGUUUCUACAAUUAGGGAUUUUAAAAACUCUAUCUCAAAUGUGGGUUUUUGAAAUAGCUUAUGAGGAUCAGCUAUUUCUAAAUCUCUCGUUCUUGUUUUAUUUUUAUUUUUCCCAAAAACUACCCUUCCUUAUUACGACUUCUUCUUCCUUUCUCUAAGCCUUCUGCCUUCUUCUCCAAUCACUCCACUAUCCACCUAAUGCAACACCAGCUCCCGAACAAAAGCGGUGGCGGGGCUUCUCCGAAGCAACUUCCAGAUUCCGGAGAUGAAGAAGGGAGAGGAGGAGAUGAGGAAGGAGAGAAAUUAACCGAGGAUGAGGAUUCCAACAGGGCAGUCGUCGAGAAGAAGAUUGGAUCUCGACGAUCAGAUCCACUCCUUCUCGCCGACGUUUUGGGCUAGUUCUCCACCGGAAGCAAGCCGUCGCCGCCGUCUUCUACUCCCUCUCCUCCAAUUGACGAUGAUUCCUGCUCGAAGGCGGUUGAUUGAGACGUUCUUGGCUGGGCGAUGGAUGACGCUUCUGGGCUUCGUGGAGUAUGCUGCAUCAUCUUCCUCUCCCUCUCCUCCCGAUUGACGGCGAUUUCCACACGAAGGCCAUCGAUUGAGAUGUUUUUGGGUUGGGCUACUGACGAUGCUUCUGGGCUUCCCAAAGCAAGCCGCCACCGUCGUUUUCUUCUCCCUCUCCACCCGAUCGACCUGAAGAGUAAUCUUUGAAUCAAGUUGUUGUCGUCGUUUGUGAAGAGCAAAAGGGUAGACAGAAACAUACAACAUAGAAGCAAAUGCCGAGAUGAGUAUGGUUUUAGUGGUAUGGGUAAACGGGGCACAACAGAAUGAAUGUUAGAUUUGGAGGCGACGAUGGCUAUUAGGUUGACAGAUGAGAGGAAGGGGAAGAAGAUAGGUAAAAGAUGAGGGUAAGAAUGUAAAUUGAUUCUUCUUAUUAAAAUCCUUUGUUUAUAUCCAAACAAGUGAUUUAUUAAAAUUCCUCAUAGUAAAAAUCUAGGUUUUUA